UGAUGCAAAGCAGAAUCUAAUGUUGAAGGAUGGAGGAGGACAUCCAAUACUCCACUGUGGAAUUUAAAAGUGGUGCUUCAGCUCCAAAAGACAAUAGGGAGGAUCUUACAGUUUAUUCUUCUUUAAAAAUUAAAAAGCCUUUGACCAGCGAAACACAGAACAAAGAGGAUGAUGUCAUUUAUUCUCAAGUUGUACCAAGAAAAAUGUUUCCCUCUGCACCACCUAACCAGAAUGAACCAAUUUAUUCUGACAUCAAAAAGGGAAAACCAAAGAUAAAAAAGGAGAAUGCACCAACAAAGAAGAACCCAGAAGCUGAUUUUGACACAAUUAGCAAAGAGACAACACAAACUGCUGUAAUAACAGCAGAAGUUCAAACAUCUGGCAGUAGGUUUCAUCUCUUGCUGGUGUGUUUGGGGAUAAUUUGUUUCCUCCUGUGUGCCAGCAUCAUCGUCGUCAUCUUUUACUUCACCAUGGAAACAAACAAACAGAAGCAAAAUCUCAGUAAUUUGGAAGCAAAAAAUGAGCAGCUGACUUUGGAGAAGAGAUAUUUACAAAACCAGACUGAGUAUCUGACUGCUGACAAGAUGUUAUUUGAGAACCAAACCAAGGAGAUGACCGUUAACAUGACAAUCCAACAAACACAGAUCGAGCAGCUGAGAAACAGCAGUGACAAACUCAACAGGAUGAAGGCAGCAAUCUUCAAAUAUUCCACUUUUCCAGUAGAUCUCUUCUGUCCUGAUGGAGUUUGUCAGACGUGUCCCAAAGACUGGAUUCAGUUUCAGGAAAGCUGCUAUUUCUUCAAUCAUUUCAUUUCUCCAUGGAAAACAUGGGAUGAAAGUCGACAGCUUUGUCGAAGCAACAAUUCAGACCUGGUGGUUAUCAGCAGUCAAGAGGAACAGAAAUUCAUCAAAAGCAGAAUAAAAUACUACUAUGACGAAUGGCACGGAUACUGGAUUGGUUUACGAAGAAUUAACAACAACUGGAUCUGGGUGGAUGACAGUCAAGACACACUUGGGUACUGGAAGAAUCCAGGGAGCUCAGAAGAUUUUGUACAUGUAGUCCAUGAUGGUCCUUUGAACCAGAGCUGGGUUCAACUCAGAAAUGGCUUUCAGAACAGAUUCAUCUGUGAGAUUAAAGCUUUCAUUUUCUGAUUAGUUAAA